AUGUGUGAAUAUUCAGUACUUUAUAAAAAAUAUUGUAGUGAAGAGGUUAUUAAUCCAAUGAUUCAACCAACUACUUUUCUUCCAAAUGAAAUUACUAAAUUAUUACCACAUGUUGAACAUAAUUUAAGAAAUAUUUCUAAAGGUUUAGAAAUGGGUGUUGGUGAUUUGGAAAAUAUUUAUAAACAUGCAACUAAAAUUAAUACAAAAUUCCAAGAUGAAAUAGCUAAAAUAAAGAAAGAAAGUAAUAGGUAUGAUAAUCAAAAAUUAAAUGAAAUAUUUGCUACUGGUGAUAGAUUAAAAGAUGCUCUUAAACAACUUGAAUCUGAAUUAACUAAAAGAAAUCAUCAUAUCACUGAUAUUGAUGAUGUAGCAACUUCUAUUAAAGAAGGUAUGUUUAUUAGACCUACUCCUAGAAGACUUAAUGUUACAAUUGUUCCUCCACCAACAUCAAACAAAUCACAUACAGUUUUUAUGAAAAGAUAUGAUUCACCAAUAAUUUCAUUAACACCAAAUUCUUUUACUACUAAUAAUAAUAAUCUUUAUGUUAAUACAGAACCAUCUUUUGAUAUUAAAAGUCAUAGCCCUCUUACAAAAACAACAUCAAACCAACAACCUCCUAUUCAAAAUACAUCCACAAUUAUUAAUAAAUCUAUUUCUCCAAAUAUUUUUGAAAUGGAUGAAGAUAUUGAUCAACAACAUCAACAAUCUUCAAAUACUACUAUUCCUUCUAUUCUUUAA